AUGGAGAGCAACAAGAGGGAGGGGCUGGCCGACGUAGCCUUGGCUUCCCAGCGCGAGGGGAAGCAGUCACGUGAAAAGCGUCAUCGUCAUUGCUCGAAAGAGUCAUCAGCACCGCUAACUGCCCCUGAUUCCGCCUUUGCUGCAGCUUCGACGGCGACGCCAGUGAUGACGAGAGCUGUGGCGUCGAAGAGGAUUGACGUCGUUGUGCGUGGCGUACUGGAGAGCGCGGUGUGCCAUGGGCCGGAUACACUUUUUGCUCGCACAUAUUGGGUAUACGGCACCGACUGGGCACCGCUGACGAGCGUGCCUGCCGCUGAAGAGGCCAUCACCGCCUCGCCGCUUGUGAAGCCGAUGGAGCGUCAGAUGAAUAGCGAGGUGAUCACGCAGCUUUCCUGGCGCUCCAAUGACCCGUUUGCGCGGUUCACGUGGGCGGCCCCAUUUGAGUGCGCCUUGCGUGGCACCAACCCACAUGGUUGGCCACAACUUGUAGUAACGCUGCACACUGUUUCACACCUUGUGCCAACGAAUAGGCCACCGCGCUCAGGAAGCGCAAGUGGUAGCGGAGAGAAGUGUCUUUCAUAUAGUCGUUGCUUUAUUCCGUUGCGCAGCGGUACGCACCGCAAGCAGUUACCCUUGCUGCAGUUGGUGCCCAACACGCGGAAACAGGCGUGGAUUUCGUGGUGGACAGGCGAGUGCUUAGAGCUGCGGGAUCCAGCUUUUCUUUGCAGCUGCGAAGAUCGUGGUGUAUUGUGUGCCAAGCCGCUACCUGGACUCAUCUCACUCUCUCUCUCUGUCAUGGUCAACGGAUUCACAGAGUGCGGCAUUGAGCCAUGA